AUGUCGCGAGCGGUUUGCAUUAACGAGUUAUUGUGUUAUUUAUUUAAUAAUUCUGACAAAAUUGACGAUGCGGAAUUCAUUUACGAAAUAAUGGAUUUCUACAAUUGUGAAGAUAUUAGAAUAGCAAAAAAAAUACUUACCAGCGAUCUAGAUGCGUUAAAUCUAGAAAAAGAUGAUAAAAUAAAACCAAACAGUUCUGGAAACUCUAAAAAGGACAAGGUUAGUGAUUUAAUACUAACAAUAAAAACAAUUCUGAGCAACAAAAUUGAAAGCAAAUUGCCUCAGUAUGCUGCUCUCAACCUUUUUAAAAUUCCAAGCUCAAAAAAAGCUAAAUUUGAGUCAAUUUUUGACGAAAAGUUAAAAAAAUUAGAAGAACUAUUUAUUGAAGAAAGAAACAUCUUCCGAGAAAUAGUAAAUGAUGCGGCUAUUAACAAUAGCCCAAAAGUAGAAAGAAAGCAGCAAUCCGAUUGCAAGACCGAAUCGAGCAAGCAAUCUGACUGCAUCAACAACCACAACAACAACAUCAACAACCACAACAACAACAACCACAACAACAUCGAAAACCACAACAACAACACCAUCAACGACUACAACAACAACAGCAUCAACAAUAUCUAUGACAUCAUCAGUAACGUCAUCGACAAAAAUGACAUCAACUUUGUAGCAACCACAACAAGAAUUGCGUGCUUGACCAUCAUGCAUUCGUUAUUAAUUCAUAGCUUCUGGUGA